AUGUCUCGAUUUUCACCACUAGAUUUUCGUCUGAUGGCUAUGUCUCAGUUUCAGAUCUUAGCAUCUCUGUGUCAAACAGCGACAUGGACUAUUAGUAAUGAUAUCAAUCAAUUUCUAGCACAACAAAUGGUUACCAGUCAAGCUGUGUCACGUGAAGUAUUCGAGGCUCAAGUUGUAGCACUGAUCGAACAAAUGCAAACGACAACAGUAGCAAAUGUGCAAUACAUCGAUCAGCUGGUGUCCCAGAUUAUUGCCGGCAGUCAAAUUAUGUCAGCUUUGAAUAACAAUCGUUACCUCAUCCAGAAUCCGUUAUUGUCGAGUUUCAGCAUUAAACACGGAGCCUAUUUAGUUGGAAAUUAUGCUAUCAGCAACGCCUCCAAUCCAAGUUAUAUCUAUUGCGAUUGUACGUUCAUGACAAACUGUACUUAUCAAGCUGGUUACUACAACUAUUCCAUUCGUCCUCCACAGGGUGAGACCACUUUAUAUAAGCCCUCGCCACCACCUAUAUUUAUCGUGCCUGGUAUGCUAGUUGGGUGCCUGCCUCAUGAUUCAAUACUUCAGUCAACACUGGAAUGUUUUUAUAAUCGUUCAUGUCUCGAUCUCAUUGGUAUCUCGCAAACAACCAUCCCACUCAAUGCGACUGCUCCAUCUCGCUUUCGAGUCAAUACAACCGUCAAUGCUAUGUUUGAGCAGCUUUUCGUUGAAACGUGGCAAAAUUCGAGUAAUUUCACUAGUUACUACAAUGCAUGCCAUCCGAAAACAUGUUCCUACACCUAUACACAACGUGGUAAUUUUCUUUAUGCAAUGACGAUGCUGCUUAGUCUCAUCGGAGGUCUCACAACAAUACUCGGUAUUCUUGUUCCUCUUCUCGUACAAUUCUUUCGUCGUCUACUAGUUAAAUGCCGAGGUGAUACAAUUCCUACAAUAGAAAAUGAUGCUGCAGUGUCAUCAGUAAAUACGGCACAAAAUUCGAACGAUGUCAGUUUUUUUGCUAGUGAUUUUCGUGGAGGUUCCGGUUCUAGUCUAUUUUAUCUAUUGAAAACAUUGUGUGGAACAGCCAAAACAACUGUUGUCAAUGCCGCAGCUGUUUUCGGCGGUACAAAACUAGCUUCUAUUCAAUACGAUGAAUUUCUCUCGAUUUCACCUCGUUUGCAUCAAGUAUGUUCUAGCGAUUUUGUUGCAGAACAAUGGUGGGGUUUUCUCUGGGGAACGGAUUCUGUGAGCAAUUUUCGGGAUCUUCAACUUCUUAGCAUUCAGUUUCGUGUUCUUGCAUCAUUAUGUACAUUAACACAGCAGUCUAUCGACAAUGACAAAAGUGCAUUCCUUACCAAUAAAUUAGUCACUCUAGAAGUAAUCUCAUUCAGCUCAUUUCAAGCUCAAAUUGAUUCUCUUACAGCUACAUUUAUUGCUCAAACACCAGACAAAUUUCGCCGUACUCAAUCGUUCAUUCAUGAAACAUUUCGCGCAAAUCAGCUGCUGGUUGUAUCUGAAACAAAUUGGCAAUUAGCUUUCACAACUGCAGCAGAUAAUUACGUCAUUGCCACUGUGCCACGUAAUUCAUUUGGAACUAAUUACUCAUGUAUUACAUCAUUAGACAGUUUCUCACGACCAUUAUAUAUUGAUGCGAAUUAUAACACAACAGUAUUACCUGGUGUGGUGGCUAGCUGUAUACCAGUUGAUGGUAUUCGUUUGUCUACUCUAGAAUGUUUCUUUAAUUCAAAUUGUAUUCUUAACUUGACAAACAUUGCAUCCAAACGCACUACCACUAUUUGGAUUGCCAAACCGCUCAAUGCUUCAACACCUAGUAUUUAUUCAUUGAAUACCCUCAUAGGCAACCUCGUUGAUAGUUUAUUCGUGGAAGAUUGGGGUGUUAAAAGUAAUUAUUCAAGCUACUUUGCUUUCUGUGCUCCGCAUUCGUGUUCAUACGAAUACAUUGAUCAUAACACAAUACUCUACAUAAUCACAACUGUACUUGGACUGUAUGGUGGUUUGGUAGUGAUUCUUCGUUUUAUUGUCUGGUAUGGAUGGCGUAUGUAUCGAAAGAUAAUAGGAUGGAUGCAAAUCGCUCCUCGUUUAACAUCACCACGAGUAGUUCCUUCUCAACCAACCAUCAAUAUUGAAUGA